GUGCCCGGAACCGAAACGAGAGCCGUAAAACCGAAACACAAAACGAUUGCAAAAGUGUAAUGGCAAGCGGCUAGUAGUAAAAAGCAAAUUUACAAUAAUUACUUUUUGUUGCCAAAGACUACGCAAAGCAGUAGCAGUUUAAGCGCCACCCACAGUAUACACAGAAAAUGUGCGUAAACUGAAACGAGCAGAGACUUGGCCAACUACAACUUUAAAUAAAAUUGCAUUCAACAGCAGUAACAAUCUAAAAAAUAAACUCAAUCAAACAGUCAGCGUAGAGGAGAAUCCUCAUGGACAGCUCACCGGAUCUGUCGCUGUCGCUGAAGCUGCGACGCGGCUCCAGCGAUUCGCGUGAUAAUUUUUACAUGGACUUUGCCCAAGGCAUUGACUCGGACAUUGAGGAGGUGACGGCACCCACUGCUGACGCUGAGGUGGCUGGAGCAGCAGCAGUGCCAUUGCCGCUGCCACUGCCGCCGCCGUUGCCCACAGUGGCGCUUGGGGAUGAGAUGUUGAUCUUGGUGGCACCACCGCCAUCGUUGCUCGGUCAGCCGUUGCCAACGCUGACCGAGGCCGAGGAUAUGCCGCCAACGCCAACUCCGCCGCCGCAGCAGCUGCUGGAGCAGCAGGAAAGCAUGGAUGGCAGCUCGCCCAAUGGCUCGCCCAACAAUUCGGUGCUGGAGCUGGAACUGAUACCGCCGCCACCGCUGUCGCCCAUGUUUGAUGCUGGACUGCCCACGGACACGGAGCCUGAUGAUGGCGAGGAGACAGAUGAUGCCGAGGAGGGCGCUGGACCGCCGCUCGAGGAGCAGCCGGAGACAGGCGAUGAGGAGACCGAGGAUGAGGACAAGUCAACACCGCCGCCACCGUUGCCUCCGCUGCCCUCGAAUCUUUCCUAUUUGCAAGGCGGCGUGACGCCUCCGUUGACCAAGUCGCCAUCGACUUCACCUUCGCCGCCGGUUACUCCGCCGCCAUGUCCGCAGCUGAACAUUUGUAAGAUGGUGUCGCCACCGGCGCAGCAUGUCAGCCAGAUACCGCCAUUGACGCCCUCGUCGGAGAGCGAGGAGGAGUCGCAGCCCAACUCCCCGCAGCCCAUAGCGCGUCACAUCAAACCAGAGGAGCCGAUACAAGAGCCAGAGCCCGAACCUGAGCCCGAGCCCGAGCCCGAGCCAGAGUUAGAAGAGCAACCAGAGCAGCUGAAUCUGAGCGCUGGUCAGCAGCUGGGCGCAGAGGAUUAUAGUCGCUCACUGGACAAUGAGGAUGAGUCCACCACUAUAACUACACCACCCAGCAAUGGUUACUCCGCCUCGUCCAUUAUUGCACCACCGCCGGAGCACUUUUCCGAGCUGGAUGAGGAUUUGGGUGCGUUUAUACCACCGCCGCCUGCAGCGCUGGAUGAUGAGGAGGAGCUGCGCUUUGAGAUGCAGCAGGAGGUGGACGAACCGCUGUCUACGCAGCAAUCCCAGCUAGCCGGCGGCGAUGAUGAGGAGCUUACCAAAGUGUCUACCGAUGAGCUCUCCGUGGACAAAAUGUCGCUGCUGGCAGCCGAUGAUGAAGUGGAUGAUGCACCCGACAGUUGCAUAAGCUCACCACGCGCAGCCAGCAUUGCCAGCGGUGGCAUCAUGUCCACCAAUGGAGCAAUUGCUGCCAUGGCUGCCUCCGCAUCUCCCAAGCCGGACAGCCGUGUGCCCAGUCGCACGGGCAGCGAGCGCUCCCGCACAGCCUCCCAGGAAGGGUCACGUGCCGGCUCACGCAGCGGCUCCAUUGCUGCUGCAGUGCCGACUGUGCCGCUAACACCGCAGCCAUCGAUCAAAUCCCAGACAUCGCUCAAAUCGCAGGGAUCCGCCUCGCAGCGCAGUCUGGCGGCAUCGAUCAAAUCCCAGUCGCAAUCGCAAUCGCAGUCGCAGCGCAGCGCCGAACGCGUGCAGAGUCCACCAGUGGGCGAGGGUGCUCCGGCCAUGCCCUCGCCGCCCAAGAUGCGCAGCUCGCCCGCCGAGCUGGCCAAGAGCUCGCCACCGCAGAUGCACAGUCCACCAAGGAUUACAACGCCGCCGCGCGUCUGCAGUCCGCCGUUGCUCAGCAGUCCGCCCAAGCUGGCGGAGACGGCAGCCCUUGCCGCUGCAGCCCAAGCCAAGGUGGCGCAGGAGCGCGCACGCGAGCGAGAGAGACAGCGAGAGCGAGAGCGAGAGCGAGAGCGCGAGGAGGCAGCCAAGUUAGCGAGAUUAAGCCUCUGUUGUGGCCACUCUCCCAUUCCAUGCCAUGUAUUCAUAUGUGGAAGAGCUGUCUGCAAAAAAUGUUGUAGCUCGAGGCUCGGCAACAGUUGCACAAGUCCGUCGAGCAAGCAGUGUGAACUUAGCAUAAAAUACAUAAAAUCCAUGUCGUCGUCUUCUUCAUCAUCUGCAUCUGUAUCCGUAACCCGUUCACGUUCUUCUCGCUCACGUUCCAGCAGCAGCCAAAGCAGCAGUCUUGGCAAGGCGGUGGCAGCAGCUGGCGCUGGAGCUGGAGCUGGCGAUGCCGCACCGGUUGCGACGCUGAGCUUCCAGGACGAACAGAAGCCGGAGCUGGAGAGCAAGAGCAGCGCUGCACCCGUGGUCACCACUCAGCCACGUGCGCACUUUACGAGCAGUCAUCAUCACUAUCAUCUGCCGCAUCAGUUCCAGCAUCCGCAUCAUCAGAAUCAUCAUCAGCAUGGCGUGCGCGUCUCGGCGCCCACAGUGCCCAGCAGCUAUGCCCCGCCAGCUGAUUUGGAUGCACGCUCGCCCGGCUACAUGCGUCGCCUCAUGAUGAAGUCGCCCGAUGUGCCCGUUACCGCAGCUGUAGCUAUCUCACCCGGACGCAUGAGCGGACGCACCGGCUCGCAGCAUCAUGUGACCAUCGAUGAGUCCAGCUUGCCACGCAAGAGCAGCGUUGAGAAUGCCGGUCCCAGUGGUGUCAUCAUAGGCGGUGGCGAUGGUCAACCCAAUGCGGAUGUUGUGCGUGGUGGUGGAGGCGGCGGCGGUGACAGCUCGGAUCCACCUUCAUCGCCCUCGGGCAGCAGCUCACAUCCACAGACGGAUGGGGAGCAGCCAGCUGGUCAGCUGGCCCUGAUGUAUCACUCGCAUCAGCUGACCAACUAUCCGGUGCUGCCAGCCAUUAAGCGCACGCAUCGACCCUCGUUCGUCUAUCCUCCCAUGCCGAAGGUCAAGGCUGGCGAUGCCUUGGCUACACUUUUCUCUGCACUCUAUGGCAAACUUUUGGUCGUCAUGGGCGUUGCUUUUCCCAUGGCUGAAGUUAUCUCCACCUACAUACCGCCAUCCUUCUAUGAGGUCUACUAUUUGUAUUUGUAUAUUGGCAGCAUGAUCUUUUUGCUUUUCAUGUACGCCACUUUGCUCUGGGGACGCCCCAAGUUGCCAGCGCCAUUGCCCACUUCUCCCAAGUCAACAACAAAGGCCAGCGGCACGGACAGUCUCGAUGAAUCGGAUACGGACAGCUCCUCGGAACAUCGCAUGCCCCCGCCCAUCCAGCGUCGUCCAUCGCUUCUCUCUCCACUAGGCAGGCAACAUCAUUAUGGUAGCUUCUAUCUACGCAUGGGCGCUGUGGCCUUUGGCAUUGGCAGCAUGAUCUACUCUGGCCUGGAGUUUGGUCAGUACUUCGAGCUUAAUCCGGACACCAAGUGCCACAAUGUGCUGCUUGCUUUGACGCCAGCCACGCGCAUGGCUUUCAUCUUCAUUCAGAUGUACUUCAUCUUUUUGAACAAUGAGCAGAUCAAGGUGUAUCGGUACAAGAUCAUUGCACGCUUUGGACUCAUGCACAUGAUCGGCACCAAUCUGGCCGUGUGGCUCAAUGUGCUCAUACAGGAGACGAAGCAUGAGAUUUUGACCUUUUAUAAUCCGGAGAAUCGCACGCUGCGCAUUUCGCAUCGCAUACCAGGGCACUCGCGUGGACAUGCCAUCAUUUCACAUGAUCUAACUGCGCAUCUGCGUGUGCCACGUGGUCUGAAGGGUCCGUAUCAGAUCUUCGAGUGCCGUCGUACGAAUAUUAUUGGCACUCUGGUGCAGGAUGCUUCGCCUUUCCUGUUUCCGUGCACCAUUGAGUACUCGCUGAUCUGCGCUGCCAUUUUGUAUGUCAUGUGGCGCAGCAUUUCACGUCCACAGACGCCCACACCACAGCGUCCGGAUAUGAUUAGCUCGCCCAUGAAGCGUUCGCCGCAUCAUUACUCCGUCGACUGUGCUCGCGCCCACAAGGGACUCUUUGUGGGCAUACUGAUCCUGGUGCUGACCAUUAUCUCGCUGAUCAUAUUCUUUGUGCUGAUCUCGCGUCCGGAGUUUGUCUCGCUUGCCGUCACCGAGGUCACCAUUUGCGAGCUGCUCAUCUAUGGCACCGCCACCAUAGCCACGCUGCUGGGCAUGUUCCAAAUCCGUCACUUGCAAUACGAUGCCUAUCGCAGCUUCUCCCUGGACGAUAUCUUGCUGGUGGGCGCCCAGACUGGCUCGUUCCUCUACAACAUUUUUACGGUGAUUGCGGGACACUUUACGCUCCGCAGCGACGACAUGCUGGUGCCCAUAAAUGCGCUCGCCUCGAUUGUGCAGACCGCCUGCCAGACCAUGUUCAUACUCGAUGCUAGUCGCCGCCAGGCCGUCAGUCCGGAGCAUAUACGCAAGAAGCCCGCCAGGGAGAUUGUCACGUUCAUGCUGGUGGUGAAUCUGGCCAUGUGGGCCAUAAGCACGCUGGAGAAAUCGCGCGCUGAAUCGCAUCCCAUACAGCUGAACUUCUAUGGCUUGUGGGCCUGGACUAUUAUCACUCACGUGUCCAUGCCGCUGGCCAUAUUCUAUCGCUUCCACUCCACUGUCUGCUUGUGCGAGAUCUGGAAGCGCGCCUAUAAGCUCAAGCCGACCUACAUGUGAGAAUUCGCCCGCUCGCGCAUUCAAAGCAUUGCGCAGCAGCAACAAUUCUGCGAGGAUCUCAAGACGAAUCUGUCCUAUUGCUACUGCUCCACCACGCUGGCUGGCGGCGACCUCGAGACCGUCGAGGAGGUGGACAGCGGCGGCGGCGGCAGUGGCAGCAAUAGCAAUGGCAGUCGCAAUGGCAAUAACAAUGUAGGAGCAUCAGCAGCAGCUGAAGCAGGAUCAGGAGCAGCAACUUCAACUUUAACUGAAACGGAGACAACGCUAGGGCAGAGCGGCGGCAGCGUCGAGGAGCGACCUCCUCACGUGCGUGCGCUGUCGCCGCAGAGCCUCAACACCGAGAAGGCCUUCUGUCCGGUCUACGUCAUAAAUGGUGAAUGAGUUUACGCGCACUUUGAGUUCAUCGACGCGCUCAGCGGCCAUGAGCUCACUUUUGUUUAAGACUUUUUGCACCCACCAGAGUCAAACCACCACAUCACACACUUCAAAACACCAACACCCAACACCAACUUCAACCACAACAACAUCCCCACCAUGCGUAAGUUUUCUCAUCUAUUUAUAUAGUCCCAAAGACAUAUCUACAAGUUGGGCAAAGGCAAUUGAUAAACGACUAAACUAAAAAUAU